AUGGCCAACACGGGUGAUCGAAUAGAAAAACUGUAUAAAAACUACGAAAUCCUUAGCGACGCUAAGGAGAAAAUCGGCGAGCAUGAAGCGGAAUAUAAGGAAAUUCUGGAUGCCGUCAAGGGCUCGGCCAAGGAAAAGCGUCUCGCGUCCCAGUUCAUAGGAAAGUUCUUCAAGCAUUUCCCCGGCUUGGCGGAGGUCGCCAUCGAAAGUCAGCUGGACUUGUGUGAGGAUGAAGACACUCAGAUACGGCGACAAGCCAUCAAGGACUUGCCACAGCUGUGCCGAGAUUCGACCGAACACACGCCAAGAAUAGGAGACAUUUUGGCCCAGAUCCUGAUAACCGAGGAUGCGGCGGAAUUGCUGCAAGUGCAUCAAUCCUUGCUCACAUUGGCAAAGUACGAUGCGGUUGGGACGCUGACUGGAAUUUUCAGCCAGAUAGUUGGCGGUGACGAGACUACCCGGUUCCGAUGCUUCCAGUUCAUUAAUAACAAAAUCAUGAAGUUAGAACCGGAGAUCCUGACGAAAGUGCUGGAAGACUUCAUCAUAGCUGAAGUGAAGAAAAUAACACUGGACGUAAGCUCGGAAGAAUUCCAUUUGUGCAUGUCGAUUCUAAACCAGACGAAACUGAGCAAAACUCUACCCGGUCACGUGGAGUUGGUAACGCUCGCUGCUGAGCAGGCCGAUUUGGAAAGCGAUCCCGGAGCACUCGCAUCCGACGACGAAACCGUUGAGCGAUUCAUACAAUGCUCCACCGAGGCUAUGCCCUAUUUCUCGUCUCAGGUAGAAUCGACGCUGUUCGUAAAGUUUAUGUGCGAAAAGUUCCUUCGCUCGAACGUAUGGAGUUUGAUUGGAGUCGCCGAUGAACAGCACCAAACCCAGCUGCGCCUGCUGAAAGUGUUUGCGGAGAUGUCUUCGUACUGUGGGGCACUCGAAAAGGCCGCCGAAAAGGUGGAAGCAAUCUACGAGGUUUUACUGGAGUACAUGCCAUUACCACCGUUGGAUGCGGACCUGAACGAAACGCCCUCGUUCCAGUUUUCGCACGCCGAAUGUUUGCUAUACUCGCUGCACACACUUGGCAAGCAGGCCGCCGAUGUUCUCACAUUCCCGAACGAUCCCGCCAAGCUGAAGGACUUCCGCUCCCGACUGCAGUAUCUGGCUAGAGGCACACAGGGAUACAUCAAGAAACUGCAGGAAGCCGUCAAGGGUAAAACCACUGAGGAGAUGAAGUCGGAGGAAAAUCAAAUUAAAGUUACGGCACUAAAGACCACCUCCAACAUCAGCACGUUGAUACGUGAUCUGUUCCAUUCGCCGCCAAGCUUCAAAUCGGUUGUACAGCUGUCCUGGGUUGUACCGAAGGGCAAGAAAGCGCAGCACCAACAGAAACAGGAUGACGCCAAGACCGGCAACAAGCGUCACGCAACGAUCACGUACGAUGGCAAUGGCAAAGCGGCAGGAGACACAAAAGGUCCCAAGCAAGGAAAGCCUAGCCCGACUUCACAGAAGAUGUACACCCCACCGUCCGGCAAGUACUCCGGCAAGCUGCAACACAGCUACCAAUCGAAAAAUGGUAAUGCCCGUCGAGUACCCGGCGGUGGUGGAGGAGGCGGUGGUGGCGGUAACUACCGUCGCGGCAGCUUCAGCGGUAAUGGAGGCGGCGGUAGUGGUGGCCGCAAUAAUGGAGGAAAAAGGAAGUAUUAAAUUGUGGUUCCGGACAUGGUUUACGAAAGGAUGCGAAAACGUGCAGCACGUCCCCAUUUCCCAUCUUCUC